AUGACGUUAAGUCUAAGGACAACGAAUCUUUUUCAACUGAAUCCUUACGAAGUGAGGUACGUGUUGUCAAAGGCCUUAAAUGUGUGGGCUCGACAUUCAAAACUCACUUUCACAGAAGUCGAUAGUGACAGGGCCGAUAUACUCGUGUAUUUUCACAGAGGAAAACAUGGCGACAAUUUUGCCUUUGACGGAAAAGGACAAAUUUUGGCGCAUGCUUUUUUUCCUGGGACCGGUCGUGGUGGGGAUGUUCAUUUUGAUGAAGACGAAAUUUGGUUAACGAGGGAAGAUGAUAAUAAUGAAGAAGGAACAAGUUUGUUUCACGUAGCUGCCCAUGAAUUCGGCCAUUCGUUGGGUUUGUCCCAUUCGUCUGUUGAGGGAGCCCUUAUGUAUCCUUGGUAUCAAGGGAUGCAAAACGGUUUCGACUACGAAUUACCUGAAGACGAUCGACUUGGAAUCCAAUCACUCUAUGGGGUUCACGAAGAUCGUUUAUAUGAGCACAAACCAAGAUGGCAACCACCGCCCCCAACUACAACAACUACCACCACCACCACCACCACAACAACAACGGCUCGCCCCACACAACCACUAAAUCCUUACCCAAGCUACCCCAAUUAUCCUUACACUCCCAAUACCUACCCGCAGAAGCCCAGAUACCCAGAAAAGCCUCGAUACCCCAAUAAAAAUCACUACCCCCGAAAACCGAUGCAUCCUGACAGGAAGCAUUACAAUCCCAAGUUUCACAAUAAACCUUACGGGCCCGACAGGGGUCAUCAUCAUCCUCUAGACAAUCCCAGAAAAGACAGGGAGCCACCGCCACCGCCCAGAAAUAAUCCCAAGGAAGAUUACCCUAAUAGAUACCCUUCGGAAAAUCCCAGUGAUAAAACGCCACCAUAUGGAGAUGAAAAUCCAAAGAACAACCACCCGAAAGAACAAGCUCCCCCUAACACCUGCGACACCUCAUAUGACGCGAUUUCUGUAAUAAGGAGGGAAGUUUUUAUUUUCAAGGAUAAGUGGUUUUGGAGAAUAAGCGAUUCCGGUUUGUUGCCCGGAUAUCCUGCCGAGAUUAGCAGGCUGUGGAGGGGCCUCCCGAAGAACUUCACCCACUUGGAUGCCGUCUACGAGAGGCCCGAUAAUAAAAUCUCCUUUUUCAUCGGUAAACAAUUUUAUUUAUAUUCGGGCAAUAAUUUGGAACGGGGAUACCCUAAGCCACUGACUGCCCUCGGGCUUCCAGAAUCGAUAUCGAAAAUCGAUGGAGCCAUGGUGUGGGGACACAAUGGAAAAACUUACUUUUACAGCGGCAACAUGUACUGGAGGUUUGACGAAGACCUGAUGACAGUCGAGUUGGAUUACCCAAGGGACAUGUCAAUGUGGAGAGGUGUCGGGACUGACAUUGAUGCUGUGUUUCAGUGGAAGGAUGGAAAGACGUAUUUCUUCAAAGGAAAGGGUUUCUGGAAAUUUAACGACCUUCGAAUGAGAGUGGAAAAUGAAGAACAAACCCUGUCGGCGCCGUUUUGGAUGGGAUGUUCUCGUAAUCUGGAGGGUCCCAUGGCGGGAAGCAAAGAACCCUACACUCGCAUUGAUACAGGAAGUGGUAGUAGCAGGUCUACCGUCAACACCGUCUUUGUAACGAUAGGCAUCAUUCUCAAAAUUUACAUGUGUAAUUAUUAAUAGUUAAUUUUCAUCCUAUUAUUUUAAAAAUAGCA